UGUCUCUCAUGUGAGUACAAGCGCCGCGUGGGAGGCCCCGCGGAGGCGCUGCUGCUGUCUGGACCGUCCGCUGGGGCUGGAGCGUCGGACUCCGACCUCUAUAGCUCAAUUCACGUUGCAGCUCCGGAUGCUCUUGGUUGCCUGCCCGCCCAAAGUUCUCGUCUUAAUACGUCCAGUUUUGUGCUUUUUUUUGUGGUUGUGGUGGAACAGGAUUUGGUCGAGGGGGCCAGAUCGUUUGAUCGACUGCGCGGAACUCGAGCUUGUCGGGAGUGGGAGAGUGGUAGUGGCAGUGGAGUGGCCGUGUGGGACGGUUGUGACAUGAAACAGAGAUUUGGUCGCAGCUGCGCGGUGACUAGGUCCUGAAUGAUGCAGUAUCUCAAAGUGUGUAGGAGGAAGUGCAACUCAUGAGUUUCUUCCUGUUGGAGCCUUGAUGGAAUAGGAAUGAUAUUGUUGCGGCUUCACGAGUUAAACACUGCACAAUGCGAGGUAGAUUCCUUUGAUACUGCCAAGCACAUUUCUGCACAGCGUCUAGUUAAUAUUUCCUCACCAUAUUGUUGAAUUUCUCCAACAUCAGCGGAAAUUAUCGACAGCUUUUGUGAAAAUUUUCACUUCACGAGCAAGACUAACUUGUAGGAGAAUUUUUGCGCUGCUAAGAUACUUUGCUUUAGUUGCUGAGUUGAACCGUACGUUUAGCUUCACUCUAGCACUUUUAACUGUAAAUUGAAGUAGAGAUGGCGGGAGUGUCGAGAACAUAGUUUCUGAUAGAGAAAUUAACUCCAGUUUAGUUCUUAUCUCACCGUUGCUUCAAGUGUUCGCGGGUAUCCACGGGUCGCUUUAGCAGAACUUGAGCCGCCAAAUUAAAGUCUGCUUCGCGAGUUUACUACACUAGUUGUUGACUCUGGCUUGUCAUUUCCAGACACCUUUGCUCGGAAUCGAUCGCGUUUGCGUGGUUCUUUUGGGGGCGAUGUUUAGGGUAGCUGCGUAUGAAUGUCACGCACUCUAAUUACGCCCUCAAGUUUUACUUAAUGUUAGCAAACGUGUGAUGUAGAUAUCUGAAUUAUACCUUAUUCUCGUUUGGAGCAGUAGAUUCAUGUGGUGUAUGAGCAUGAAUCUAAAUGGAUUGUUAUGAAGGGGAAACAGCUUGUUUUGUUAGAAGUUGGCUGCUCCAGCAAUGGAUUUUGUUGAUGUUUAAUUCAAACUUAGCAUAUAUGCAAUACCAAUAUUGUAUUUUUUGGAGUCGUAGCACACACUGGCUUUUCGCUGAUGUGCGAUGUCAAUUGUAAUGGAAGCUACUACUUUGAUCAAUUACAUGUAAAUUCCAAUCCACCAAAGUGCAGGAAUCUAAUAUUUUCACGGACUAGCCUGCUAAGUUUAUGAACUAUAGUCUUGUCACCUAGAGUUGUAAGCGGUGGUCCAGCCAUGUUAAGGAUUGCCUCUCAUGAGUAUCUUCGACCUGGAUGCUCUGAAGAGUUCGUGAUAUGGUCCUCACUAUUUGUAUGUGCAGGGUUGUGGAGCUUAUACCUUUUAUAGUUUCGGAAGUAUAUUUGAUUGGAGAGAGGCUGUGCGAGGAACAAAGUUUUGAGGGUUGACAAAUAUGUGCGCGAAGUACACGAUUCAAUGAUGAGUUCGAACAUUUAUACUCAUCAGGUGGCUUAGUUGCAUACAUUUGUUUUUAGCGAAGAUUCAAAAGUUUCUCUAUAUAACGUCGAAGGUGAUACCAAGAUGUGGACGCCUGUGUGUAUUGAAAGUAUUGAUAUUUUUAGCAUACCGGGGCAGUCUCAAUCCUGUUUGAGCUUGGUUAUGUUUACAGUAUAUUGCAGUCUUGCCACUUUUGAUCUUCUUGUCGCAAUUGUGGCUGGAGUUCAGCUGCUGAGGCAUUACUUGCACAAUAAGCGAGCAGUUUGGACGCGCCAGAAAGUUUUCCACUGUCUCAUUGGUGCUGCGAAUCUUGGCUACGUCUUGUAUUUCACCUUAACUACAGUGGCGGCAUGCCUAGGAUGGACAUGCUUUUCAACUGCUUGCGGGUUCAUCCUGAUCGCAGUACCUGAAACAUUGUUCUUGGCCACGUUCUUGUUACUUCUCUCUUUUUGGGUGGAUUUAUGCAACCAAGCUAACGAUAACGAAGAAGAUGAUGACGAAGACAUGGAUUGUGGUUACACUCGAUUACCCCUAUCUCCUGAUAGCCUAGAGUCAGGAGCAUGUAAUUCAUUUCGGGCGUGUUUACCAUGUCGACGGUGGCAUGUUCGAGGACGGCAACGAUGUGUACUUAUAGUGGUGUCGAUCAUCUUCUUGUUGGCGGUAGCUUUUGCUGCAUUGAUAUGGUUUGGAAUGUACGAUAAUCCACUAGAUUCAGUGAAACUUGCUCAAGUGUACGUCAAUUUCUUUACACUGGUAGUAUUACUCUCCGGGGGUGGUUUGGCAGGAUAUGGGUUACUGUUGUAUACCAAAAUGAGCAGAGUGAGGUCGGGUAGAGCUUCAGCGGACAUCAGUAAGGUUGCGGGUUUGGCAGUUGCUUCGGUCGUGUGCUUUUCCUUGAAGGCCUCAGUGGUAGUUAUGAGUGAUAUCAUUGGUCUGAACAUAUGGCAUGUGAAGCGUGGGAAUAGUCAAUUCAGCGCAUCUAUGAUUUUCUGUUAUUACGUCAUAGGGGAAACCGUGCCCUCCCUUGUGGUUCUGUGGGUGAUGAGAGACCUGCCUCCAAGAUCAUGUGACAACAGUAUGAAUGGUCGUGCGACAACCCGAGAAGUGUUGAUCGAAGAUGCACUAGUUCCGGAUCCGAACUAUCUAUCACAAUUUGUAUCCUCGGCAACCAGCCAACGAUUUUUUCUCCCAAAUUGUUGCAACAGUGAUGUUUCUCCUACUUGAAUAAGGUACAUUUCUGUCAUAGCAUCCUGUAAAGUGCGGUCCUUGAAGGAAAUCACAUGGUUAUGAACUUUUGUUUAUUUUAUGCAGUGCCAAAAAGUUGGACACAUGUCUCUACUUGGCAGGCAGACCAUUGGAACUGCGGGUUCAGUCAUAUGCGCGAACCUAGAUUCAGUUAAUUAUUGGAAGCAAGAAUUGUAAUCCGACUUCAGAUCAUGGUUGCAAUGACACACCCGACUAAUUGAAUUACACCUGAAUCACUUGUGGCAAACCUGAAGCCAGCAGCAAUUCAGAGGGAUUAGCGAAUUCCCGUACUGCUAGCUAUUCACUGUGCCAGCGUCAGAUCUGAACAAACAGAGGUCGAUGUUUUCAUUACAAUUGUCAAAUUGUAUUCAAUCUAUCACUGACAUUGCUGCCUAAGCUAGAGUGGGGAUCAACCGAGAUUCAAGAGGGGAGAAAUUUUCUACCCAGGAAUGUUCUUGAAAUCUAUCCCUGCCGAAGUCAUGCUGAACGCCAGGCGCCUCUGCUUUCACUUUCCUUUCUGGAGAAAUCAGUUUUGGAAGGAACUGUGAUAUUCUAGUGGUAUGUGUAGAAACAUACAGCAGGUCCUCCACCAGCUUUGAUUUCAUACGGAUGAUUUUUUUUUAUUACCCACAAAUUUUGGUGGUGUAAUUGUAUAAGUCAAAUACUGUAAUGAGGCUCUGAUGUAGUUAUUACUAGAAACUUUCUACCACUGAAAUUGGCUGUAUAUUCUACAUGGUACAAAACAUUUCCACACAUUGUACUUGCAGCA